AUGCCCAAGAAAGGAGGGAAGAUUGCUGAUGUGGCAAAGGAAACACGGGCACCUUGUAAAAGGCCCAAAUUGGACACAGCUGAUUCUCCAUCAGUCCUGAGUUUUGAGAGCCCAGACAGCCUCUUCAGGAGCCUGAUCUCUCCCAUCGAAGAAGAGGUGUUUUUCAGGGAGUACUGGGAGCAAAAGCCACUGCUUGUUCAGAGAAAUGAUGUCCUGGUGGCUGCUUACUACCAGUCCCUGUUCCAGCUGGCACACUUGAAGGAGCUGUGCAGCCAGGGCCUGUGCUACGGGCGAGAUGUGAACGUCUGCAGGUGUGUGAAUGGGAAAAAGAAGGUUUUAAAUAAAGAAGGUAGAGUGAAUUACAUGCAUCUGAAGAAGGACUUUGACCAGAAAAAGGCAACAAUACAGUUUCAUCAGCCUCAGAGAUUUAAGGAGGAGCUGUGGAAGAUUCAGGAGAAGCUGGAGUGUUACUUUGGGUCUCUGGUGGGGUCCAAUGUUUACAUCACUCCCCAGGGGUCUCAGGGCCUUCCUCCUCACUACGAUGAUGUCGAGGUGUUCAUCCUUCAGCUGGAAGGAGAGAAACACUGGCGACUCUACAAACCAACGGUGCCUUUGGCUCGGGAGUACAACGUUGAGCCAGAAGAUAGGAUUGGGAGUCCCACACAUGAAUUCAUAUUAAAGCCAGGUGACUUACUGUACUUCCCAAGAGGGACUAUUCACCAGGCUGACACUCCUGAUGGGAUUUCCUAUUCAACACAUGUGACCAUCAGCACCUACCAAAACAACUCUUGGGGAGAUUUCUUACUGGAUGCAAUUCCUGGCCUGGUGUUUGAUACAGCGAAAGAGGACGUGGCACUGCGGACAAGCAUUCCAAGGCAACUGCUCAUGCAGGUGGACACAGCUGACUGCACCAAAAAGCUGAGCAGCCUUCUGAGAAGGCUUGCAGACAGUCUGGAGACCUCCAGGGAACUGAGAUCAUCCGACAUGAAGAAGGAUUUCAUUAUGCACCGGUUGCCGCCGUGCUUGGGAUGUGACGCUGAUCCUUUGACUCCAGGUGGGAAAUUGCCAAAAAUAGAUAGCAAAAUCAGACUGCAGUUUAGAGACCAUGCUAUCAUCACUGUGGAACCAGAUCAAGAGAAUGCUGAUGAAAUUCGCAGGGAGAUGGUUUAUGUGUAUCAUUGCUUAAAGAACAGGAGAGAAACUCACAUGAUGGGGACAGAGGAUGACACUGCCAGUGAGGAUGGCCUGGCACAGCACACUCAUGGGCUGCGGUUCCCUUUGUCCUACCUGGAUGCUCUGAAGCAGAUCUGGAAUGGCAGCACUGUUAAUGUUAAAGAACUUAACCUUACCUCAGAUGAGGAGAAAGAAAACCUUGCCUUGUCGCUCUGGACUGAAUGUCUCAUUGAAGUUCUUUGAUGCUUUUGUGAAUUAGCUGC